AUGUUGAGUGCCUCCGACCCGUAUUAUGUGGCCAAGGAGGAAGUGGCCAAAGCCAUGGAGAAACUCCAAGGCCUUCAUCAAGACUGGAAGAGGUCGCUGCAGGCGGAGGAUACGGCACGGUCUCACCGCUUCCAGCAACUUCACGAAGAGAUCACAGGGGAGUUGGAGCAGCUGGGACUUGACUUGGAUGAUAUCCACGCCACCAUCAGCAUGGUCGAAGGGAAUCGCAGUAAAUUCCAAGUGAGCGACGGCGAGCUGGCGAGUCGGAAGCGCUUUGCGAACGACUGCCACAAGACCUUGGAGGAGUUGCAGAAGGACCGCGGGAACGUGGAGCGACUCCUGAGAGGUCGGGCGGGAAUUCAGAGGAUUCGCUCGCUCGGUGGUUCUGUUUUUUUCGGGUUUUCGCGAGCCGCUCGGUGUUCGCGCUGGCUCGCCCAUCCACUUCGGGGGCUCCUCGGCGGAGUUGGACAUGGUUUUGGGGUGCCCUCCUCGGCGGAUGACGCUUGGAUUACACCAAUUGUAAACUCUUGA